UCUACUACUAAUACUACUAGUACUACUACUACUAGUACUUCUACUACUACUACUACUAGUAUUAUUACUAAUACUAUUAGUACUACUACUACUACUAGUAAUACUACUACUACUAAUACUACUACUACUACCACCAAUACUACUACUACUAGUAGUACUACUACUACUACAAGUAUUACUACUACUACUAGUACAAGUAUUACUACUAAUACUACUACUACUACUACUAGUACUACCACUAGUACUACUACUACUACUAUUACUACUACUACUAGUCCUACCAAUACUACUACUACUACUACUAGUACUACUACUACUACUACUAGUCCUACCAAUACUACUACUACUACUACUAGUACUACUACUACUACUACUAGUCCUACCAAUACUACUACUACUACUACUAGUACUAUUACUAAUACUACUACUACUACUACUACUACGACUACUACUAGUAAUACUAAUAGUACUACCAGUGCUACUACUAAUACUACUAGUACUACUACUACUAGUACUUCUACUACUACUACUACUAGUAUUAUUACUAAUACUAUUAGUACUACUACUAAUACUACUAUUAAUACAACUACUACCACUACUACUACUACUACUAGUAUUACUACGACUACUAGUACUACUACCACUACUAGUACUAAUACUACUAGUACUACUACUAAUACUAGAAUUACUACUGGUACUACUAUUAGUACUAGUAGUACUAAUACUAAUACUACUAGUAACACUACUACUAUUAAUCCUAAUUUUACUAGUACUACUACUAAUACUAGUACUACAACUAAUACUAUUACUACUACUACUACUACUAGUACUAAUAUCAUUAUAACUAAUAAUACUACUACUAAUACUACUAGUACUACUACAAUUACUACUACUAGUACUACUUCUACUAUUAGUACUAAUACUACCACUAAUAGUAUUACUACUAGUAUACUACUACUAAUACUAUUACUACUACUACUUCUAUAUACUACUACUACUACUAGUACUACUACUACUAUUAAUACUACUAUUAGUCCUACCAGUACUACUAAUACUAGUAAUACUACUACUACUACUGGUAUUACUAAUACUGCUACUAAUACUAGUACUACUAUUACUAAUAUUAAUAUUACUAAUACUAGUACUACUACUAGUACUACUACUACUAGUACUACUACUACUACUAUUACUAAUACUACUACUACUACUGCUAGUAUUACUACUACUAUUACUAAUACUACUCCUACUAAUAGUACUAAUACUACUACUAGUACCACUACUACUACUAAUUCUACUAUUCCUACUACUAGUAUUACUACUACUACGACUACUACUAGUACUACUACUAGCACUACCAGUGCUACUACUAAUAUUACUAGUACUACUACUACUAGUACUACUACUAAUACUACUACUAGUACUACUACUAGUACUACUACUACUCCUAUUACUACUACUACUAUUCCUACCAAUACUAAUACUACUACUAAUAGUACUAAUAUUAUUACUAGUAUUACUAACACUACUACUACUACUAGUACUCCUAAUAAUAGUACUAAUAGUACUACUAAUAAUACUACUAUUACUACUAGUACUACUACUACUACUACUACUAAUACUAGUACUACUACUAGUAAUACUACUACUAGUACUACUCUUACUAGUACUACUACUAGUACUACUACUACUACUAGUAAUACUACUACUACUUCUAGUACUACUACUAAUACUAGUACAACUACUACUACUACAACUACUACUAAUAAUACUACUACUAAUAUUACUACUACUACUACUACCAGUACUACUACUAGUACUACUACUAAUACUACUAUUACUACUACUACUAGUACUACUACUACUAGUACUAUUACUAAUACUACUACUACUACUACUACGACUACUACUAGUAAUACUAAUAGUACUACCAGUGCUACUACUAAUACUACUAGUACUACUACUACUAGUACUUCUACUACUACUACUACUAGUAUUAUUACUAAUACUAUUAGUACUACUACUACUACUAGUAAUACUACUACUACUAAUACUUCUACUACUACCACCAAUACUACUACUACUACUAGUAGUACUACUACUACUACAAGUAUUACUACUACUACUAGUACAAGUAUUACUACUACUACUACUACUAAUACUACUACUACUACUACUAGUACUACUACUACUACUAUUACUACUACUACUAGUACUACUAAUACUACUACUACUACUACUAGUACUACUACUACUACUACUAGUCCUACCAAUACUACUACUACUACUACUAGUACUACUACUACUACUACUAGUCCUACCAAUACUACUACUACUACUACUAGUACUAUUACUAAUACUACUACUACUACUACUACGACUACUACUAGUAAUACUAAUAGUACUACCAGUGCUACUACUAAUACUACUAGUACUACUACUACUAGUACUUCUACUACUACUACUACUAGUAUUAUUACUAAUACUAUUAGUACUACUACUAAUACUACUAUUAAUACAACUACUACCACUACUACUACUACUACUAGUAUUACUACGACUACUAGUACUACUACCACUACUAGUACUAAUACUACUAGUACUACUACUAAUACUAGUAUUAAUACUAGUACUACUAUUAGUACUAGUAGUACUAAUACUAAUACUACUAGUAACACUACUACUAUUAAUCCUAAUUUUACUAGUACUACUACUAAUACUAGUACUACAACUAAUACUAUUACUACUACUACUACUAGUACUAAUAUCAUUAUAACUAAUAAUACUACUACUAAUACUACUAGUACUACUACAAUUACUACUACUAGUACUACUUCUACUAUUAGUACUAAUACUACUACUACUAGUACUACUACUACUACUACUACUACUAGUACUACUACUACUACUAGUACUACUACUAAUACUACUACUACUAGUAAUACUACUACUACUAGUACUACUACUACUACUAGUAAUACUACUACUACUAGUACUAGUAUUACUACUACUACUACUACUAGUACUACUACUACUAGUACUACUACUACUAGUACUACUACUACUACUAGUACUACUACUACUACUACUAGUACUACUACUACUACUACUAGUACUACUACUACUACUACUAGUCCUACCAAUACUACUACUACUACUACUAGUACUACUACUACUACUAGUCCUACCAAUACUACUACUACUACUACUAGUACUAUUACUAAUACUACUACUACUACUACUACUACUACUACUAGUAAUACUAAUAGUACUACCAGUGCUACUACUAAUACUACUAGUACUACUACUACUAGUACUUCUACUACUACUACUACUAGUAUUAUUACUAAUACUAUUAGUACUACUACUAAUACUACUAUUAAUACAACUACUACCACUAUACUACUACUACUAUAUACUACUACUACUACUAGUACUACUACUACUAUUAAUACUACUAUUAGUCCUACCAGUACUACUAAUACUAGUAAUACUACUACUACUACUGGUAUUACUAAUACUGCUACUAAUACUAGUACUACUAUUACUAAUAUUAAUAUUACUAAUACUAGUACUACUACUAGUACUACUACUACUAGUACUACUACUACUAUUACUAAUACUACUACUACUACUGCUAGUAUUACUACUACUAUUACUAAUACUACUCCUACUAAUAGUACUAAUACUACUACUAGUACCACUACUACUACUAAUUCUACUAUUCCUACUACUAGUAUUACUACUACUACGACUACUACUAGUACUACUACUAGCACUACCAGUGCUACUACUAAUAUUACUAGUACUACUACUACUAGUACUACUACUAAUACUACUACUAGUACUACUACUAGUACUACUACUACUCCUAUUACUACUACUACUAUUCCUACCAAUACUAAUACUACUACUAAUAGUACUAAUAUUAUUACUAGUAUUACUAACACUACUACUACUACUAGUACUCCUAAUAAUAGUACUAAUAGUACUACUAAUAAUACUACUAUUACUACUAGUACUACUACUACUACUACUACUAAUACUAGUACUACUACUAGUACUACUACUACUAGUACUACUACUACUAGUACUACUACUACUAUUACUAAUACUACUACUACUACUGCUAGUAUUACUACUACUAUUACUAAUACUACUCCUACUAAUAGUACUAAUACUACUACUAGUACCACUACUACUACUAAUUCUACUACUCCUACUACUAGUAUUACUACUACUACUACUACUACUAGUACUACUACUAGUACUACCAGUGCUACUACUAAUAUUAAUAGUACUACUACUACUAGUACUACUACUAAUACUACUACUAGUACUACUACUAGUACUACUACUACUACUAUUACUACUACUACUAUUACUACCAAUACUAAUACUACUACUAAUAAUACUAAUAUUAUUACUAGUAUUACUAGUACUACUACUACUACUAGUACUACUACUAAUAGUACUAAUACUACUACUACUAAUACUACUAUUACUACUAAUACUACUACUACUACUACUAAUACUACUACUACUACUACUACUAGUAUUACUACUACUACUAGUCCUACCAAUACUACUACUACUACUAGUACUACUACUACUACUAGUACUACUACUACUACUACUAGUCCUACCAAUACUACUACUACUACUAGUACUACUACUACUAGUACUAUAACUAAUACUACUACUACUACUACUACUACGACUACUACUAGUAAUACUAAUAGUACUACCAGUGCUACUACUAAUACUACUAGUACUACUACUACUAGUACUUCUACUACUACUACUACUAGUAUUAUUACUAAUACUAUUAGUACUACUACUACUACUAGUAAUACUACUACUACUAAUACUACUACUACUACCACCAAUACUACUACUACUACUAGUAGUACUACUACUACUACAAGUAUUACUACUACUACUAGUACAAGUAUUACUACUAAUACUACUACUACUACUACUAGUACUACCACUAGUACUACUACUACUAUAUUACUACUACUACUA